AUGUCGAUUCCUUUUGUCUCUCGAUCCCUCUCAUCAUCACUCCGAACCAAAAACCCUAGUUUUUCCUUCGCGACUCGUGCACUUACAAAUCCAGUGGAAAAAUAUUGGACGCAUUUACAGAGUAAUGAUCCAAACAUCGAAAAAGCCCUAACACGAGUUGGAGCUAAAUUGGAUCCUUCUUGCGUGAAGGAGUUGAUAACGAGAUGCAGUUCUACCAGUAAACAUCCUACUUCAGGUCUUAGAUUCUUCAUCUGGGCUGGGAUUCAACGCGAGUAUCGACACAACUCAUACAUGUAUAACAUUGCUUGUAAAGCAUUCAAGAUUAAUCAAAACCCUAACGUGAUUAAAGAUGUUAUCGAGGCUUACACUAUUGAUCAUCCUGUAGUAAAUGUUAAAGCUUUCAAGGUUGUUUUGAAUCUAUGUAAAGAGGCUAGGCUUGCGAAUGAGGGCUUAUGGGUGUUGAAGAAGAUGAAAGACUUCAACUGUAAACCGGAUACAACAGCUUAUAAUCUCGUGAUUAGGUUAUUCUGUGAAAAGGGUAAGAUGGAUGAAGCCUUAAUGUUAAUGGAGGAGAUGAGUCUGAUCGAUCUUUAUCCUGAUAUGGUGACAUUUGUCACAAUGAUCAAAGGUUUUUGUGAUUUGGGUAGAAUCCAAGAUGCUGACAGAUUGUUCAAGAUUGUAAACCAACAAGGAUUACCUCCAAAUGUUGUUGCAUAUUCUGCACUUCUUGAUGGGGUUUGCAAAGCUGGUGAUUUAGAAAGAGGGUUAGAGCUAUUAGAUGAAAUGGAAAAGAAAAGUGGGAGUUGUUCUCCAACUGUAGUCACUUACACAUCUAUAAUCAAAAGCUUCUGUGAAAAAGGUAAAUCAAUGGAGGCAUUCACCAUUUUAGAUCGAAUGGAAGCUUGUGGUUGUGCACCAAAUAGGGUCACAAUCAGUACCUUUAUCAAUGGCCUUAUCAAGGAGGAUAGAGUAGAUGAAGCUUAUAAGUUGAUUGAUAAAGUUGUAGCUAAAGGAAGUGUUUCAAAAAGUGAAUGCUAUAGCUCUCUUGUGGUGACAUUUUUCAGAUGUGGAAAAUUUGAAGAAGGUGAGAAGGUGUUUAGGUGGAUGUUGGGUGGUGGUUUGAAGCCAGAUGGGGUGGCGUGUAGUGUUUUGUUGAAGAAGAUGUGUUUAAAGGAAGAACGGGUGUUGGAAGGUUUUGAGUUGUAUAAUGAGAUUGAGAAAUUAGGGUUUGUGAUUUCGAUUGAUUCAGAGAUUUAUUCUAUCUUGAUGGAUGGGCUUUGUAGGAAAAGGUGUUUGUUGGAAGCUUCAAAGCUUGCUAGGUUUAUGAUUCAGAAAGGCAUCCAAUUGAAAGGUAGUUAUUCAAAGAGUGUAGUUGAAUAUUUAAAGAAUGCUGGAGAAAUGGAACUAGUGUCUCAUAUUAUAUAA